AUGUCUGCCCACAGCGCGGACGACAAGGCCCAGGCCAAUCCGUGGACGUCUAUGCUUGCCAAUAGGCCUAUGACCCACGCAGUGGAUGGGCACCAGCGGGUCAUUACCCCGUUCGCGAAACCGUCUGGUUUCGUCCCAUCUCAUGGAGUCUGUGGAGCUUCCGCACACCAGCACUCAAUGGCAGCGCUAGUUACCGAUAUGAAAGACAAGAUGAAUUUGACUGAGGCCAUGAGCGUGACAGCCGAGCCUGAGGAUACUUUGAAGCCUCUUAUGCAGCAGUUGGACCAUUUAAGCCUGAGUCCAGGUCGCCAUGUAAGCCUGAACCCGCGUCAACUUGGAAAGCGAGUGUCAUGGAAGCGACGCCGAAACCCGUUGUCCAACGGUGCCUUCAACCUCCGCGAUCGGAAUGACCCAUCUAAGAAAGCUUUGCUCCAUGCAGACAACAGACACCAUGCCAAGCUUGCGGCCAGAAAAGCCAAACGCUCGAAAGCGACUCGAGCCAGCCCCCCACAACCGCUGCUAGGUAGCUGCUUGGGAGUUCCGUGGGACAAUCCCAUGUUUUCCGAGGAAAAUGUUAAGAGAUUUCUGAAAACGCGUAAUCGCAGAUGCCGGUUCAAGCAGGCCACCAACAAUAGGGUCGCCAAGGCGAGCGGUUUCGAAUACUCCGAGUUCGGACUCAGGAUGCCGGACAUUGUGUACAAGUUUGUUGUUGGACAAAAGCCUCAUGGAGUUCGUCGUCGCAACCGUCCUCGUAUCCGGGUUGAUCGAAAGAAAGUCGAAGAUGCGACUAAGAACACUUCGGAUGAGAUGGAUACCGAGGAAGACAUGAAUGAGGGAAUGGAUUUGACCUUCCCCACCAAUUAA